ACAGAGAUGCCACCAAAACAACCCCCCCAGCAUGGCCCUACACCACAGGUAGCAUACGGAUAUGUUCCACAUGCCCCAGGAGCUCAUCCCGUUCACGGCCAGGCACUUCAGGGUGUCGUGUGGAUGCCAGCUCCAAUUCCGCCUCCCAACUGUCCCCCAGGAUUGGAAUAUUUAAGCCAGAUUGAUCAGAUGAUAAUUCAGCAAAAGAUUGAGCUUGUGGAAAUCAUAAUUGGCUUUGAAACCAGCAACAGGUAUGAAGUAAAAAAUGCUUGGGGGCAAAGGAUAUACUUUGCAGCCGAGGAUACCGACUGCUGCACACGACUCUGCUGUGGGAUGGAUCGGCCAUUUACAAUCAAAAUCUUGGACAACAUGAGCCAGGAAGUGAUUGAGCUCCAGCGACCUCUCCGGUGCUCCUGCUGCCUUUUUCCGUGUUGCUUGCAAGAGCUUGAAGUCCAGGCCCCUCCAGGCACGCCCGUUGGGUAUGUUAAGCAGACGUGGGAUCCCUGUCUGCCUAAAUUCACUAUCCAAAAUGAACUCCAACAGGAUGUCCUUAAAAUCACCGGGCCCUGUAUAGCGUGCAGCUUUUGUGAAGAUGUUCAUUUUGAGGUGCUGUCGCUGGAUGAACAGACGGCUGUUGGAAGGAUUUCUAAGCACUGGACUGGCAUUGUGCAAGAGCUCUUCACCGAUACUGACAACUUUGGGAUCCAGUUCCCGUUGGACCUUGAUGUUAAAAUCAAAGCUGUAAUGCUUGGUGCUGCCUUCCUUGUCGAUUUCAUGUUUUUUGAAGCUGGAGGAGGAGGAAACCAGCGAACGGGGGUCUGGGGUUAGGUCUAGCUGCUGCCUUAUAA